AUGGCUAAUCAGUAUACCCUCUCCUUUUUCUUGUUAUUACUUAUUAUGUUGUCUUUAACAAGCCACUAUGUGAUUCCAGCAGAAGCGCGCCAGCUUCUUGAACUAACUAUGCCUGAGCUUCCUAAGCCUGAACUGCCACAUGUUUCAGAAAUCCCAACUCUGCCUAAGCCUGAAUUCCCUGAAGUACCAAAACCCGAGCUACCAAGUCUGCCAAAGCCUGAAUUGCCUGAAAUUCCAAAACCUGAGUUGCCAACUCUGCCAAAGCCUGAAUUGCCAGAAAUCCCAAAGCUGGAGUUUCCAGCAUUUCCAAAACCUGAACUUCCAACGUUGCCAAAACUCGAGAUUCCAGGCAUUCCUAUGCCUGAAAUGCCGACUUUGGCAAAGCCAGAAAUCCCCCAGUAUUAUGAUGAUGAUCUUGGAGAUCAUAUGGAGGCUGGAUCAUGGUAA